AUGGUGCUUGACAUUGGCCCCCGCGGGGUUUCGCACAACCGCGUUACGCCUUACAUCCCCGAAAGGAAGUUGCCGAUCCGCUUCAUCAAGAAAGUGUCCGCCUUGAAGGCCCGCGUUGCCGUACCUACUCGCUCGCCGACACCAUUUUUAUUUCGCCGGCAAAAAGGCCGUUUCCUCCCGAUUCGUUUUCCAACCCUCAUCCCCGCUAGCCGCUUCAUGUGUAGGCGAUACGUCUCUCUUUGUUGCUCCGCAUGGCGUGGGGUUGCUCGUUUGCUCCAUUCACCGCUGCUCCAAAGGGGUCAAAACCGCACAUGCCGUUCCCUUAUUUUCAAAAGACCUAAUGUGUGUGUGUGUGUGUGUGUGUGGAGGGGGGGGGGGGAGGGGCACCAGAAAAGGGGGAAAAAAGGCCCACCGGGGAGGGUGGUGGUGGUGAUAGAUGUGGUAAAGCUUCCUAGGAUUUAUUUUUAA